AUGGAGUGUGAUAUGUCUGUUCUCUCUCCCUCUGGAGAUGGCAGCGCGAAGCCACCGGACAAGGGCACUCAACCGCAACAUGUUUCCUUUAAGGACAAGCUCAUGGGGGGUUCUCCUGUUUCCCCACCACGUGAAUUCGUAGACUUGAUUGACAAUGGUAAGAUGAAGGUGAUCUAUGUGAAUGAUAAUCCACUGCUACCAAAAAUAGUAGUGGAACGGGAGGUGAUUGAGAACAUGUCCUCACCGUGGAAGGAUGCUCUUGUCAUCUCCCUUCUGGGCAAAAGACUAGGAUACAAGCUCAUGAAGGCUAAAUUGACGAGCCUCUGGAGGCUGGCUGGCGAAUUUGAUCUCAUGGAUGUGGAUAAUGGCUUCUUCAUGGUCAAAUUUGACAGAACUGAGGACAGAGACAGGGUCAUUAGUGGAGGACCCUGGAUGAUCUUUGAUCAUUACCUGGCGGUGGCCACCUGGAGCCCGGAGUUCAUAUCACCGGCUGCAAAGGUUAAGAAAACGUUGGCAUGGAUUCGCAUCCCUGGUCUCAAUGUCAUAUUUUAUGAUGAGAGCUAUCUGAUGUCGGCUGCAAGAGCCAUAGGCAAGCCUGUGAAGCUGGAUAGGAGCACACUCAAGGCGGAAAGGGGACGGUUUGCACGAAUAUGUGUAGAGCUUGACCUGGCUAAACCAGUUGUGGGAAAGAUCUGUCUGGAGGACUACUGGUACAAGGUAGAAUAUGAGGGGCUCCAUGUCAUUUGCACCAAGUGCGGAUGCUACGGGCACAGAUCCAGGGAAUGCACGGGCCUGCCAACUACAGCGCCAAAUGGAGUUCAGAAAGGAGCAACCGGGGUGACGGCGGUGGCCCAAGAAGAGGUGCCAGCCACCGGAGACAAGGGCGGAGACAUGGGGUGCCAAGCCAUGGAAAUUCUGUUACCUAGUGAGGCGGUUACAGAGGAAAUCAGCAUUGAUGACGCCAUUCAAGUUGACAAACCAGAAUUAAUUGCCAAUGAUGAGGGGGACCCACUAGGCCAAUGGAUGACCGUGGUAAAGAGGAAAAAAAUAGAAAGAAGUCAACGCAAGAAACAACACGGAAUCUUAGGCAUAUCCCACGUUGACAAGUAUAGUAGCAAAGGUGGGACCGGAAGUAAAAAGGAGAAAGGCAAAGAAGUUAUUAUUACUGAAGGGAGUAAGGGGACAGCGGUGUUCCAGUUUGGAAGCACGAAUGGGCCAGCAAACCAAUUGAUGAUGAUCAAUAAAAAACGCCGGACACGAGGCUAUGAAUGGGAGCGUGGGGACCACGACGCAGUCAACGCGAGUCAUCAAACCCCCCUCCGGAUUUUGGGCCGCAAUGAUGAGGUAAUGGAAUCAGUUAGCGAGGGAAUCAAUGGGAUCAACUCAGUCAAGGAAACUGAUGUGGAGCUGGCACACGACACAAUCACCAUUAAUGCCAAUGAUUAG